UCCCUCACAUCACAAUCACACCUCACAGUCUCACACCAGAAAAAAAAAGUGCAAAUGGACACUUCCAGAGGACCCGGCUCCGAUAACCCGAUCGCCGCAUGCACCGCCAUGCUCUCCCUCCGCCAAUUCUCCGCCUGCCGCGACUUCGCCUCCCGCUUCCCACCCUCCGACCGCCUCCCCCAAAUCCUCGCAAUCGCCGAAAUUCUCUCCGCCGGCGACCUCUACUCCGUCCUCAAUCUCCGCCGCUCCGACGCUGUUCUCGACCUGGCACUCGCCCGCCGGCACUACGCUAAGCUCGCCCUCCUCCUCGACCCCACCAGUACUGACAAAUUCCCCUUCUCCGAUGAAGCCCUCGCACGUGUCCGUGAGGCCUGGCACGUGCUCUCCGACCCGGAACGGCGCGGUGCUUAUGACCGUGAAUUUGAACAGCGCGGCGGAGAGACGACGGAGGGUGCCUCGACGGAGACGUUCUGGACUGCGUGUCCUUACUGCUGGAACUUGUAUUUGUAUGAGAAGAGGUACCAGGACAGUGCGCUGCAGUGUCAGAGUUGCCGGAGAGCGUUUCAUGGCAUUGCGGUGAAGCCGCCGGUGGAGGAUGGGGAGCCGGUGGUUGAGGGGGAGGAGCGGCGGCAGUACUAUUGGUGUCGUGCGAGUGUGCCGUUGAAGUUUUAUGAGGUGAAGGGUAAGGAGGGUGAGGGUGGAGGUGAGGGUGAGGGAAAGAACACGGUUCUUGAAAAUGCCACCCAGUUUGUGUAUAUUUCCGAUGAUGAUGUUGGUGGUGGUGGUGGUGGUGAUGGGUUGUGGAAGAAGGUUGGUGUGGUUAAUGAAGGGUGUGAGAGGGUGUUUCAGGGGAAUGGAGGAGUGGGGUUGCAAGGUGGGAAUGGGAAGAGGAGAAUGAGGGUGAAGACUGUGGCUAAGAGGUCUGUUGGGAACAGGAUGACAAGGUGUCUUGAUGAUGACAUUGGUUUUGAUCUUGAUGCGGAUGAUGGUGAAUUGGAGUUCACUGAAGGAGCUGAUGAUGUCUUCAUUGGUGUACGGUUUGAUGAUGUGAGAUUGCACAUUUCAGUGUGUUCAGCGUGAAAGGUAGCAGCGAGCUCCGUUGGUCUUGCAUUCAUUCGAACGCCAUAUCAAUGCCAAAUCAAACGCACCCUUAGUGUCUCAAUGUUUAUAAGACCCCAUUACACAUGAAGGAGAACAAAAAAAGUAGGAAGAGUUUUUUUUGCCAUCUUUUAUGAACAUUUUGUUAGACGUGUGAUUUGCCUUUGCUGCAGUCCAAAGUGAUUUCUUUUACUCUAUAACAGUUUAGUUAGGAUAUAUUUUUGUAAUCUAGUUUUUUCAUGUAUAAACUAAUGGUGACCCUUCGUUUAGGGAAGUAAUAUACUGUUGUAUCUGUAUCUUGUAGAAAAGUUACCAAAUGCAUAAAACAAGAGAGUAAAGUAUUAUCCCCCA